AUGGCAGAAUCGGGCUCCCCACCGCGACCCUCGCGAUACAAAUCGCAACGACAGAAGCAACCUUCCGUCGAUGAUAUGCGAUCCUCGGAUCAGUACACCAGCCUGCCUGAGGAGGAUGGCAUUGCCCGCAGCAAGUCGCGCUACCGCCGCAAACAGGGCCUCUCAGAUCCACCCACCGACGCUGCGAGACCAGCAUCCAAGCAACAAAAUGACAUUCCCUCCCGUUACCAUUCCAAACACCGCGAAUCGCCCUUGAAACCGCUGUACCAGGAGCAGAUCGUGCAGGCGCCUGCGCAACAUCGACGAACGACUGCGAACCCGAAGAGAAAGGACGAUGGCUACGGUCCGCCGCCAGCAGAGCUAGGCGCACGAGAACCAAGAAGCUUUACCAGCGACGAACCCAGCUCGGGCGCUGAGGACUUGCGACAGCAGAACAGCAAUAACAGAGACAGUAGCAAUAGGCGGAAUGGCGAACCCAGGUCGGCAUCCAACCUCCCCAAAGCAACCCCACCAGCGUCCGAGCCAACCGGCGAACUCUUCCCUCCUCCCAAACCGGUAGAGCCUCCAGUGUCGAAAGAUGGCCCCCCGCAGUCUGGAAACAUUCGCGCGACAAAAAGUACGAGCCACUUGUCGGCGUACAAUGAUGAUGCAGAGGCAGGCUGCUUCGGUGGGCUGUUCAAACGCAAGAGAGGGGACGUUCAGGCUCCAGAUGUGCAGAAGGCACCCUCCGCGCCUGCCAGAGGAAAUCGUGGAGAACCUCCCACAAUCAAGCCUGGCGGCGGUGGCAUUGUACCAGGCACGGAUGCUCCCGUGUCGGCCAUCAAUGCUGGGGAUAGGCAUGUUCUGGUAGAAUGUGGGAAGGCAAGAGCGCUCUUCCCCGUCACACCAUCUACUUCGCCGACAGACAUCAUCAAGAGCGCGGCAACGUGCUUGUCUGAGCGGAUCGAUGCCAAGUCGGCUGUCUUGCUGGAGCACUUUGGCAUUGUCGGUGUUCAGAGACCUCUCAGACGAUACGAGCAUGUUCGUGAUGUGAUGAACAGCUGGGACCACGACAAACAAAACAGUCUGCUCCUUGUGGAUCCCGGCACUGGCAGCCUGGAAGCUGAGCUCACGCUUGCAGGGGUUCCAAAGACAGAGCCUGAGGAGCAGAGCUGGUACCUAUCUUACUCCCAAAAGGUCGGCAAGUGGGAAAAGAAGUUCAUCACCCUGCGGACGAGUGGACAAAUCGUCUGCCAAAAGGAUCCAGAUAAGCCGAAAGACACUGUGAAUGUCUGCCAUCUCAGCGACUUUGAUAUUUACACUCCUACGCAGGAAAAGCUUAAGAAGAAGAUCAAACCACCAAAGAAGUACUGUUGUGCGAUCAAAAGCCAGCAGAAGACGAGUCUGUUUGAAGCGACAGAGAACUUUGUCCAUUUCUUUUCAACUGCCGACCGACAGACGUCAGACGACUUCUACAAUGCUGUGCAGGCCUGGCGCAGCUACUAUUUGGUCAAUGUUCUUGGUGCAGGCAAAAAGGAGAAAGCGAAGCCAGUCGUGAGCUCAAACGAACCGCGAGAUCGAUCGACCAGCAACGACCAGAUCAAGGCACAUCGUCCCCAGGAAUCGAUGGAGUCGCACUACCAGCUAGGUUCUUUCAAGCCGUUGAUGGACAUGGGUCAAUUCGAUCGUGGUGCUACUUCCCAAGCCGUAGACAACAGUCGUCCAGAGUCAUCUGGCGGCUUUGCAAAGUCGGCCAAUCAGUUCGAUGUCAACGUCUCGCCUGAGAGGAGAACAUCGACAAGGAGAAAGCAAGCCCCUCCACCAUUGUCGCUGAACAACAGAGUCCAGCUGGCUGAAGAUGAGCCGCUGGCCAACUUGAACCGUAGUGGGUCUGUCAACAAGAGAAGAUCUUCUACAGAGCAGAAGCGGCCGGAAGCACAAGAUUUCAAAGACAGUGGCUUGCUUGGACGCAAGUAUUCUCAACGCCGCAAGGAGAAUGCAGACAGGGAGUCGCAACGCCAAGACGCAUUCACGGCCGGCCCAAAUCUUCUGAAUGGUGGACUGAGUCCUCGUGAGGGAGAAUUCGGGCAAACACUCGCAGGAGAUGGGUUACGAAGACAGCCAUCUGCGCGAGGGCAUACUAGUAGUGGUGAAUUGAGGCAUUCCAAAUCUACUCGAGACAGUGGGUGCGGUCACACCAGGGGAGGGUCGAUCGACUUGGAAAGGUCUGGUUCCAGACGACAGAAACCAAAGCCACUGGUGGAUUUGACGCCUCAGUUCCGCGAACCGCCUCAGUAUCAGUCGUCAAAGAAAGGCAAAGGCUUCAAUCCGACUACCCUUGCUCCGGGAGGUCUGAUCGAGAAUGCAACAACGCCUGAAGAUCCCCUCGGCUUGCCGGUAGCUACAAUCUUUCGCAACACGAGUGGUCAGCACAGCAAUCCCAAUAGUCCUGGUCUGAUUGACCUAACACCCCAACAUCGAGAACCAAUCCAUCACACCAGGAAGGGGAGAGGCUUUCAACCGGAUGCCCCCAACACCUCAGGCUUAGUCGGCAACGCCACAUCGCCAGAAGACCCUCUUGGCCUACCCCAGAACAACGUCUUCCGCAGCGUCAAUGCCAUGCCGGAAGGCCGUCGACGAGCAGGCUCAGUAACAGACGCCUCACCCCCAGUCCAACGCCGUUUAUCCGCACCCCGUGCUCCAGACGCCUUCACAGGUGAAGGCCUCCUCGCGGCAUCACAAAACCGACAAGGCUGGGGCGGCAGCACCAAAGGCCGAGGCGUCAUCGACGGCAGUCGCGCCAAUGGCAAGCCGCUCGUAGACCUGACUGCAGACAGCCGGUUUGUCCAAGGCAGUCUCCUCAACAAGGUCGAGAAAGCGGGGGGGAUUCCAGCACCGAUCAUGGAUCGGGAGAAGAGAGAUGAGCGGAGUGAGAAGUACGGAGAGGGAUAUUGA